CAAAUUUUCCUGAGAGUACCUAUGUACUAUUUGACAACAUUUUUUCUGUAUAACAUCAGGUAUCUGGUACAAUUAAAGUUUCCAAAAUGGCUUCCCCAACAAAAAGUCAUCCGAAAGAUUCUCAAGUGAUGAGCUCAAUAUUGAAGGAUAUGGGCGUUGUAGACUAUGAACCCCGUGUGAUAACACAAAUGCUUGAGUUUACGUAUAAGUAUGUAACAGAUGUACUUGAAGAUGCAAAGGUUUACUCUAACCAUGCUAAUAAGAAACUGAUAGACAUGGAGGAUGUUAAACUAGCACUGCAAUGUAAAUUGGAUAACUCAUUUACAACGCCUCCACCUAGAGACCUACUUAUGGAGGUUGCAAGGCACAGAAAUAAUACCACUUUACCUCUCAUAAAACCCUACACAGGUCCUAGACUUCCCCCAGAUAGAUACUGCCUCGCUGCGACAAAUUAUAAAUUAAAAUCUGUAAAAAAGCCCAGAAUGCAGGUUCAGUUACAGAGCAUGUCAACAGGUGGCGCUCUUCCCUCACCUCGACUAACAUUUAAUACAAGUUUGGGGCAAGUUCAAAGUGGCUCAAUGUCCCUUGUCUCCAGACCUACUGUUUCAUAUGUAUCUAAACCUGUCAAUACAUCUAGUACUCCAACAUCUGGACCAAGGCCUGUCUUCAGAAUGACUAUGGGAGGGACUCCCCCUGUACAGUCCCAACUAACACCAAGUCAGCAGUCUGGGGCAAUCACAAGUUUACUGAAACGGAAACGCGAAGAUGACGAUUAUGAUAAUCCUUGACAACAGCCAAUUUGAGAUCCUAGACAAUUACCAAUAAGAAAGAGACCUUUGACAACUGUCACUUAGACAACAGACAAUUAUAUUUCCUCGACAAUGGCCUCUGAGAGCCCCUUGGCAACAACCAAUCAAAAUCUCUUAGGAAAGAAUACGGGAAAAUUUCAGUUUGUCAAAGAUCACGUCAGAUGUCUUCAGAAACUUACUGUAAAACAUGGAAAACUCAUUAAAUGUGAUUUACGAAUUUCAAUAUUCACUUACAUGUUAAAUUCUCUUAUCUUGUGGAACUGCUAUCAAAAUUCGAUCUUUAAUAUUUUUGUAAAAUGAUCAAUCUUUGAUUCCUUCAGAUGGUGGGCCCCUUUCUGCCUAUUACCAAUACGGUAACUGUGUAAGAACAAUGAGUUCUUUGUUUAUAUCAUGAACAAGUAUUAAAAGAUGUCACUACUGUGUAAAGACAAAAUGGAAAUCAAUAAUGACAUAAAUACCAGAAAAAUAAAACAAAUCGAUUUUUAUUAUAUUUUAUUGUUUUCUUUAGGCCAGAUAAUUGAUUUACAUAAACAAAAAAACAAUUCUUCAAUAUUUUCUUUGUGCUCAAAAAUAAUUUAUUAAUGUGGAGAU